UUUGAGCGAGUUUGUGUGGAUUCACUGAUUCGUACCUAGACAUUUCAUCGAGACAAACUAGAUUUUCUUAUGAAUGGAAAGUGAAAAAAUCAGUUGAGCUUAAAUUGGGAUCCAUCCUUCACUCAGAUCAUAGAGGAAAACAAAAAAGCAGGAGCAGAGUGUGAGAGAGAGAGGGAGAGAGAGAUUGCGCCAGAAGACAUGACCAUGUCUACAAUACCAGAGAGUCUAAACAGCCCAGUCUCAGGAAAGAACGUGUUCAUGGAAUUUGGGCCACCGAGUCAGCAAAUAUCUCCGUCUAUGAGCCACGGACAUUAUUCAAUGCACUGUUUACACUCCUCCGGACACCCGCAGCACGACAGCGCAUACAGCCCGGCUCCGUCCUUCCCCAGAUCCCUGCCUUAUCCAUAUGUCAACUCGGUCGGUAGCCAUUCCUCCAGCCCAUACAUCAGCACCAUACAGACUUACCCAAACAACUCGGCUCUGGCGCAGACGAGGUUGGAGGAUCCAGCACCAGAGUCAGAGAAAAACACCGUGGUGGAAGGCGGAGAGGUUCGUUUCAACGGGAAAGGCAAAAAGAUCCGCAAACCUCGGACCAUCUACUCCAGUCUCCAGCUACAGGCUCUGAACAGGAGGUUCCAGCAGACUCAGUAUCUGGCUCUGCCCGAGAGAGCCGAGCUCGCCGCAUCACUGGGGCUCACACAAACACAGGUGAAGAUCUGGUUUCAGAAUAAACGUUCCAAGUUUAAGAAACUGAUGAAGCAAGGCGGAGGAACAAUAGACACAAACGCCCUGGCAAACGGGCGCGGACUGUCCACCGGAUCUUCAUCCGUAGCGCCCGUCUGGAACGCCACAGCCACUGUCAAAACAUCCACGUCGACCUCCUAUAUUCCCAGUUACACCUCAUGGUAUCCGACAGCGCACCAGGACACUAUGCAGCAGCCACAACUCAUGUGAAACAGGACUGCUAAAACAAUCCCACUCCUUUAUCAACCAAUGGCCCAAUUCAGGGACCCGACACAGGCCAGUCACUCUGCGGCCUUACAUACCCUGCCCCUCCGCAGCCCAGAUCAGAAGACACUAUUAAAAGCGGCCUAUAAGGACUGAAAAGGUGUCUUCUGCACCAGUGAGGAUACAUGGCUUUAUUAUUAAAGGGAUUGCCGGGAAAUUGGGUCAAAUCAAAGCUGCUACUCUCCCAUUUUUGGUGAAUUUUUAUUAUUUAAAAAUACACGAAAUUGUAAGCUUUUGUUGUUGUUGUUGUUUGUUUGUUUGUUUGUUUGUUUGUUUGUUUGUUUUGUUGUUCGCAUUUGUAAUUUUCCCUGAGAAACUUGGAAUUACCGGGCUGCCCCUACAGUGCUGGCUCUUAUACGAGCAAUGAGAGCAUCAUUAUCAUCGCACCAAACUGCACAUUUUCCAAAAGCUCACUCAUUACAUUUGGCGCAUAUUGUAGCUUCAGGCUUCGCCAUGGCGCGGUGAAUGUGUAUUACCUGGGAUAAAUCCCCACCAUGAACAAGAAUGAACGUUUCAUGAGUUUCUCCAUUUUAAAGGGAGCAUAGAAAUCUUUUUAUUUUGGAUGUAUUGCUCUUUGUGAUUAUUUAAAUAUAAGUUAUUUAGAAUGUGUGUGUGUGUGUGUGUGUGUGUGUGUGUGUGUGUGUGUGUGUGUGUGUGUGUGUGUGUGUGUGUGUGUGUGUGUGUGUGUGUGUGUGUGUGUGUGUUGUAUGUUUGUAUGGUUACUUAAAUAAAUCUUCUUUAAAUUAUGCUGCACUAUAAAGUAGAAACACGUUCCCAUGAUCUGAACCCAAUUUGUAAUCCCGAGUGUUUUGGACCGUAAAAGAGGAGCACUGUGCAAAUAAACGCAUAUCUUCACCGUUAGAUGUGAAGGGUUGAUGGCUCUAAUGUACAGAAAUAGUCAUUUCGUUGUGUGCUAAAUAAUUUGUGCAAAGGGAACUAAAAAUGAUUGUGUUUAUUAGUAUUAUUAAUAUUCAUGUUUGUUUUUUUUUGUUUUUUUUUUGUUUGUUUUUUUAGAUUUUUAGCUUACCGGUCACAUUAAUUUAUUGUUUUUGUUUCAUGGAGUCUUGUGUAAUGUGUUUAUUCUGACAGUAAAAAUCUGCUUAUGAAAGUUACAAAAUGUAAUCGCAACAUUUAUUGCUUGGCCAGAAUUUGAGGAAUCUCAGAUAAUUGUUGACACAGCUGAAAACCAUCCUCCAAAGACCACGUGUCUUUUACAAAAAGUGACAAUAUCUCGAAAAUAAUUCUCAAUAUUUAGCAAACUACGUUUAAGUAUGCAAAAAUUAUUGUAUAUCGAUUUCUGUCAAAAUAAUAAAAAGCAUUUCAAUAAAUUACAUUAAAAUAUGUUUUUUUUUAUAAAUUCUAUAAACCUGCAUACGCAGAUAGAGCGGCCAUUGUAGUAGAGAUACAUCAACAACGAAGCACAACAAUUUGCGUAGGCCUAUAUUUUCACAUUUUGUUACAGAAUUCUUACCAUGUUAUGUCUAUUUCUCUCUUUUGCGUUGAUACUGUUUAAAUGCAAUCUGAAUCAGCGAUUAAUCUUGUGGUGAUUUCUGUAACGUUGUAAUUCCUCUGACAAUAAGGGCACUUGUUUCUUUUCACUUUCGUUUAGCUGCUAUAAGCUCUUUUCUGCUCUUGUGUGGAUGCCUUUGAUGGCCGUGUGUUAAGUGAAUAAUCGGGCAGGUGCCGCUCAUAGAGGGGCAGAUGAAGCAGGAUGAAGAAUGAAUGGGGGGGGGGGGGGUUGUUCUUGUUCAAUAUGCCUUUUGUUUGCGACUGAUGGUUUUACUGCGCAUUUUAAGAAAAUUCUGAUGCAGAUAGAUGCCGGCAAGCAAUAAUAAUAUGAUAUUUAAUUCAAUAUUGCGCUUUUUUAAUGGACCUUCAGACACAUUCUAACCUGUAACUUGUUGCUAUAGUUUUGUUUAUUAUUAUUGGUCUAAUUAAUCUAUUAAUUAAUUUUUGCAACAAAUAAUUUUAGACCUCGGAUCAAAAUUGAAUUCUGAGGUUUAUAUGUGAGAGGUUUUUUCCUGCUGGUUGGCUGAGAAUAUGACAUCAGCGUCCUCGCAUUUACAGAAUUAAAAUAUAGGCUACAGCUGUAUAAUAUAAUUAGCCAGAAUUUCAUAAAUCUGACCGGCAUCUGUUUGCUUGAAUGUUGAGAGUUGUUCCGAAGGCAGAAAUGUCAGUGAUGGGGGUGAAGCAAUUAUUGUGACAAAUGUUGACACUCUUUAUGUGUGGUCUUUAAAACGUUGUCCGGUCAAAGCAGGAAAUAGCCCGCGCGCUCGAUCGCAGCUCUCUCUUGCUCUUUCCGAUUGUAUUAUUAGUUUUACACUUGUUACACUUUGUACUAUAAAUGUGAAAACAAUGUAGGUUAAUAAUGUUAA